AUGCGAUUCGGCCGUCUUUCCUCUUGGGGCGGAAGAUCCUCCGAGUCAUCCAGGCGCACCAAAUCCAGAAAGGGCGACAAGAAGACGAAGAAUGUUCGGCAUAGCGACUCCAACUCCGACAACGAAGGUAUAACCACCAAGGAGCACCAAAGAAACGGUUGGAAUGUUGGAAGAUUCGUCGGCCAAGCCCUCUCGAACCCAACCGUACAGUACCUGAUGCCGGGAGCACUUUUUGCGUUUGCUUGCAUUCUGAUCGCCCAAUGGCUUACCCCGCGCGAGGCAGGAGACGGUUUUUGGGAUACUCUGAAGACGUGGGCCAUGGCUCAGCCAGGAGUGGGAUGGCCCUCGGUCGCCAUGGCGUUCAUCGACCGUUUCCCAGGAGUUUUGAAUUGGUGGAGCACCGAUUCAAAGAACAGGACAAUCUCCACCAUUCCCCAAGCCCGGUUCAUUUCGCCCAUCUCUGCCGAGGAGGCUUUUGUUAUCCCGGAAUAUCUAACGACGCUCAAGUCAUCCAUCACCCGGUCGGAUGUCAUGGACAGAGACUUCGCGCUACCCCCGGCCAUGGAGCGCUCAUUUCGACGAGCCAUGAAGGAGGCCGAGCUGUUCAAGGAGAUCCACGAUGGCUUGAUGACUGACGUAAAGUUGACAUUCGCUGGGCACUAUGAUCGGCUGAGUCAACUUCACAUCGACAUCGAGAGGUCCAUCAUCGACAUUGCCGAUCGCAAGGAGACGAAGACGUCUUAUUUCUGUGGAUUGUUCACGAAGGAUCAGCCCUACGCCAGAGCCAGGAACCACCACAAAAGCCUUCGAUCGAUCACCGACGACAUGUUCGAGGCCACCAUGUCUGAGAUGAAACUACUGGCAAGAUAUCGCGAGAAGCUGCGUGUAUUUGAAACCAAUGCGGAACCUCACGGAGCCAUAUGCGGACUCCGCUCAAAGACACUCAAGUCGAUUCAGAGAUGGACAAAAGAAACCAAGGAUAUUCGAGCAGAAGUCAAAGUCAUGUGCAACUCCUCCAAGCGCUCCAAGGUAAAAUUGGGGGUGGGGGAGGAAGCUCUGGGACGUCAUCUGGCCAGCAUCGACGCUGUGCGCCAAGGUCUUCUCAACCUGCAGCAUGAUCAAGCCAAGACCUUAGAAACGGCCCUUCUCAGCUAUUGCAAAUCACUGCUGGAAGCGAUGCGGAGGUUGGCCGAGUUUGGGAACGGGUGA